AUGGAUCCAGCCACCAGUAAAAUCCAAGCCCCAGGAAAUCAUGAUUCGGCCAUCUCAACCAAUACAGGGCCUAGCAGCCCAUCUGCUUCAACCAAUACCAACUCAGAUGGUUCAGCUGCUCCGAUCAAUACCAAAUUUGACGAGCCAGCUAAACCCACCCUCCUCCGUCGCAUCACCGACAAAGUUGUUAUCCCAGUUAUUGCUCUUGGCCUUGCUACGCCAAUCAUCUCCCAGGGCAUCUGUUUGGUUGGCUCGAAGAUUCUCAAGCAUAGAAUGGAUCGCGAGACCGAGACCAUGAUGGCUAGGGCUCGUGCUGGUGGUAGUUCGAAUAUUGGUCGCGGUGAUCCAAUUGCGCUUUCGAAGGAUGAGGAAAAUAUGCGAAAGGCCGAAAUGUCUGCUAUUAAAGAACAUUUCAAGCGUCGCAAGGAGGAUGCAAAGGUUCAAAGACGGUUGUUGAAGGCAGAGAAAGCUGCUAUACGUAAUAGUGGAUCCAUCUUUGCUCAAAAACUCAAAAAGAAGCCCUCGCCAUCUACCACCACCACCACCGCCACGGCAACCGCCACUGCCACCAUCGAUACAGCUAACCGCCAACCCGUCAUCGAAAACCCAGACCCUCCAACCUACUCAGAGGCUAUCAGCCGUGUCGAUAACUUGGUUCCUGAAUGGGGGCAAUCCGACCCCAGCACCCUUCCGUUCCAGAUGUCAGCUACUCCUAUCAACCCCAACUCAGCUACUAAUACCCCAGCUCCUUCCAAGUGUAAGGGUGUUCUAAAUUGGAUCCAGGACAAGAAGUCAGCUGCCUACCAAGGACUCAAAUUGGACCAAAAAAAGGCUGCGUUUAAAUCAAAAGUCAAAGUCACCAAGAAAGCUGGUCUCAUCUUCGGUUUCGGCUAUUGGGGAAAUUACUAA